AUGGCUGACGAAGGAAAUCCACCUGAUGAUUCAAUAUUCGAUUUGAGUAAAAAGAAAAAGAAAAAGAAGCCCAGAGAUGAUCCAACAGGUACUGAAAAAGAAGUUGAUGAAAAUGUUUCAAAUGAACAAUCAACAACAACAACGAAAGAAAAAAAAAGUAAAAAUGUCGCUUUUGCAACAGAAUCAUCCAAAAAUCAAGAUAAUGUAGCUGCUGAACAAGCAACUGGUGCUGCUGCUGGUGAAGAAGAUGAUGAUGAUGAUGUUCUUGCACUCCGUAAAAAGAAAAAGAAGAGACCACCAACUCGUGAUGCAACUGGAGCCACUGGUGAAGGUGAUAUUCAAAAAGAAACUGCAGCCGGUACAGUAGGAGAUGAAAUAACUAGUGACGCAACAUCAGUACAAGGCGAAUAUACCUAUGAAGAUUUACUAGCUCGAGUAUUUAAUAUCAUUCGUGAAAAAAAUCCGAAUGUAAUUGACGGUGAAAAAGUCAAAUUAACUCUAAAACCACCACAAGUAGCACGUAUUGGUACAAAACGUACGUCAUUUUCUAAUUUUGGUGAAAUAUGUAAAUCUCUUAAACGACAAGAAAAACAUUUACAUCAAUAUUUACUUGCUGAAUUGGGUACAAAUGGUUCAAUUGAUGCUAAUAAUGCAUUAACUAUCAAAGGACGUUUUCAACAAAAACAAAUAGAAAAUGUACUUCGAUCAUAUAUCAAGGAAUAUGUUAUUUGUAAAACAUGUCGUUCACCUGACACAUCGUUACAAAAAGAAGAACGUUUAUCAGUACUUUUAUGUAAUAAUUGUCGGUCGCGUUAUUUUGUUUCUGGUAUCAAAACUGGUUUUCAAGCACAAGUUGGAAAACGUGCAGCAACACGUGCGAAAGCAACAUAG